AAUUAGAAGGAGGGAAUGACCCUAUGAGUAAGAAACGGUGAGGAGAGUUCUCUGACUUUCAUGGUCCUCCCAAGAAGGUGAUAAAAGUGCAGAAGGAUGAGAGUUCCAUUGGGUCUCUGGCCAUGAGUACAAGGCCCAGGAGGGUAAUAGAGAGACCACCCUUAACACAGCAACAGGCUGCAGAAAAAAGAACUUGUGAUUCCAUUACUCCUUCUAAAGCAUCGCCUGUACCUGUUUCUGAUACUCAGAAACUUAAAAAUCUACCUUUUAAGACUUCUAGCUUGGAAACUGCCAAGAAGAGAAAUAGCAUUUCUGAUGAUGAUAUUGAUUCUGAAGAUGAAUUGAGAAUGAUGAUUGCAAAAGAGGAAAACCUACAGAGAACUACACAACCCUCAAUAAAUGAAUCUGAAAAUGAUCCUUUUGAAGUUGUAAGGGAUGAUUUCAAAUCAGGCAUUCACAAACUGCAUUCUUUAAUAGGUUUAGGUAUCGAAAAUAAUGUCUCUUGCCAUGAUAGUGAUGAUGAUAUUAUGAGAAAUGAUACUGAGUAUGACUCAGGAGAUACAGAUGAAAUCAUUGCAAUGAAAAAAAGUGUUGCUAAGGUCAAAAACAGUACAGAAUUUUCACAAAUGGAAAAAUCUACAAAGAAAAUUUCUUUGAAAAAUAGAGAAAACUGUGAGCUUUCUGAUCACUGUAUUAAACUACAAAAAAGAAAAAGCAAUGUAGAGUCAGCCCUUGGUCAUGGAUUAAAGUCUCUGAAUUGUAAAUCUCCCUCUAACUCCAGUAGCAGUGAAGAUGCUGAUUCUGCAUCAGAAUUAGCUGACUGUGAAGGAGAUGAGGAGUAUAAUGCCAUGAUGAAAAACUGCCUUCGUGUGAAUCUCACUUUAGCUGAUUUGGAACAGUUGGCUGGCAGUGAUCUGAAGGUUCCAAAUGGAGAUACUGAGAGUGAUGGACCAGAAACCACCACCCAGUGCAAGUUUGACAGAGGCUCCAAAAGCCCCAAGGCUCCCACUUGCCUCCGCAGAGGCCGACAGUGUAUUCAUCCUGAGGAGAUUGUGGCUUCCCUGUUAGAAGGAGAGGAGAACACCUGUGGCAAACAGAAACCAAAGGAAAACAAUUUAAAGCCAAAAUUCCAGGCUUUCAAGGGAGUAGGCUGUCUGUAUGAAAAGGAGUCAAUGAAAAAAUCCUUGAAGGACAAUGUUGCCUCUAGCAAUAUUAAUAAAGAUCAGAAUUCCAUGAAACAUGAGGAUCCCAGUAUCAUACCCAUGGAAGAGGGGUCCCCAUAUGUUAAUGGCUCAUCAGGUGAACUGACUCCAUGCCAACAUGCAAAGAAGGCGAAUGGCCCAAACUAUAUUCAGCCUCAAAAAAGACAGACCACUUUUGAGAGCCAGGAUCGCAAGGCAGUAUCCCCUAGCAGUUGUGAAAACAGAAGUACGAAUCCUAUUUCUAGGCCAUUAGAAGGUAAGAAGUUCUUAAGUCUUAGUGCAAAGACUCACAACAUAGGCUUUGACAAAGACAGCUGCCAUAGUACCACAAAGACAGAAGCUUCAGAGGAAGAGAGGUCUGAUUCAAGCAGCCUCACAUAUCUCAAGAAAUCACCAAAGGUCUCAUCCAAGGACACUUCGGAAAUCAAAACUGAUUUCUCACUUCCUGUUAGUAAUUCAUCAGAUCUGAGUGCUAAAGGUAAGCAUGCUGAAGACAAUGAGAAGCGUUUGGCAGCCUUGGAAGCGAGGCAAAAAGCAAAAGAAGCGCAGAAGAAGCUGGUGCAUAAUGCUCUGGCAAAGUUGGAUGGUCAUCCAGAGGAUAAGCCAACACACAUCAUCUUCGGUUCUGACAGUGAAUGUGAAACAGAGGAGACAUCGACUCAGGAGCAGAGCCAUCCAGGAGAGGAAAGGGUAAAAGAGUCUAUGGGUAAAACAUCUGGGAAGCUGUUUGAUAGCAGUGAUGAUGAGGAAUCUGAUUCUGAAGAUGACAGUAAUAGGUUCAAAAUUAAACCUCAGUUUGAGGGCAGAGCGGGACAGAAGCUCAUGGAUUUACAGUCGCACUUUGGCACUGAUGACAGAUUCCGCAUGGACUCUCGAUUUCUAGAAAGUGACAGUGAAGAGGAACAGGAAGAGGUAAAUGAAAAGAAAACUGCUGAGGAAGAAGAGCUUGCGGAAGAAAAAAAGAAAGCCCUGAAUGUUGUACAAAGUGUUUUGCAAAUCAACUUAAGCAAUUCUACAAACAAAGGAUCAGCAGCUGCUAAGAAAUUUAAGGACAUCAUACGUUAUGAUCCAACGAAGCAAGAUCAUGCCACUUACGAAAGAAAAAGAGAUGAUAAACCAAAAGAAAGUAAAGCAAAACGAAAAAAGAAAAGGGAGGAAGCUGAGAAGCUACCUGAGGUGUCUAAAGAAAUGUAUUAUAAUAUUGCUAUGGAUCUGAAAGAAAUAUUCCAAACUACAAAAGAUACCAGUGAAAAGGAAGAGGACAUACCCUGGAAUGAGGACUGUGGUAAAGAGAAACCUGAGGAAAUCCAGGACCCUGCAGCUCUGACCAGUGGCGCUGAGCAGCCCAGCGGGUUCACAUUCUCCUUUUUUGAUUCGGACAGUAAAGACAUAAAGGAAGAGACCUACAGAGUUGAAACAGUGAAACCUGGAAAGAUUGUCUGGCAGGAAGACCCUCGUUUCCAAGACAGCAGUUCAGAAGAGGAAGAUGUUACCGAAGAAACAGAUCACAGAAAGUCCAGUCCUGGAGAAGCACCAUUACUUGAGAAAGAGACCACUAGAUUUUUCUUUUUCUCUAAGAAUGAUGAAAGACUUCAAGUAGGUUCUGACUUAUUCUGGAGAGGAGUAGGAAGUAAUAUUAGCAGGAACUCUUGGGAGGCCAGAACAACCAACCUGCGUAUGGAUUGUCGGAAGAAACAUAAAGAUGCAAAAAGGAAAAUGAAACCAAAAUAAUAAAUGUCGGUUGGUUUUGAUACUGAAUGUGAACAAGGCUCACCUAAGGAAACUGACCCAGAAAAUAGUUUUAGCUGACAAAGAAGAAAUUUCAGAGUGAAGGAAUUGUAAACAUCUGGCUGAUGGAAUAUCAUUCUGGUUGCCAUCUUUUUCUGUGGAACUCCUCUGCAUUUCUUCCUAGUUACUUCAAAAAAUUAAAUUCCACUUCUUAAAAAAGGAAGCACAAGAUAGUCCUCGAAAAUACUUUUUGUAUAUAAUCUCUGCCCUCUAUCCUGAGUAACUAAUGGACAUCUUCUCAUGCAAGGUUUACAUGAAGCCUUUUUUAAUAAAUGGGUCAAAGUACUUGUA